GCUGCCCCAGAUUAUUGAAGUUUCCACAGACUGUCAGCUGUUGAGAGGUUCGUGCUCAAGUUGAGGAUCUAAGCCGCCAGCCAAAAUGUGUAAGGGACUGGCAGCUCUGCCGCACUCAUGCCUGGAAAGGGCCAAGGAGAUCAAGAUCAAGUUGGGAAUUCUCCUCCAGAAGCCAGACUCUGCUGUUGACCUUGUCAUUCCAUACAAUGAGAAGCCAGAGAAGCCUGCCAAGGCGCACAAGCCCUCACUGGAGGAGGUCCUGCAGUGGCGCCAGUCCCUGGACAAGCUUCUCCAGAACAGCUAUGGAUUUGCCAGCUUCAAAAGUUUCCUGAAGUCUGAAUUCAGUGAGGAAAACCUUGAGUUCUGGGUUGCCUGUGAGAAUUACAAGAAGAUCAAGUCCCCCAUCAAAAUGGCGGAGAAGGCAAAGCAAAUUUAUGAAGAAUUCAUCCAGACAGAGGCCCCUAAAGAGGUGAACAUUGACCACUUCACUAAAGACAUCACCAUGAAGAACCUGGUGGAACCGUCUCCUCGCAGCUUUGACUUGGCCCAGAAAAGGAUCUAUGCCCUGAUGGAGAAGGAUUCUCUGCCCCGCUUUGUGCGCUCUGAGUUUUAUAAGGAGCUAAUCAAGUAGUCAUCUGGCCAGGCUUCCAAAAGUUGCCCUGUGAGUUGAGUUACAUCCUCUGUAGCAACACAGCAUCCUCCCAGGCACCCGCACAGUUCUCCAUAGCAGCUUUGCUCCAAGAUACCCAAACGUAGGCAAACCACAGGCUGUGUUGCUAACUCUUUCACUCAUGUUAGUUUGGUUAUGUGGAUCUGUUGUCUAAGGGCCUUCACUUUUUUUUUUGGUUCUUUCUGACUGCUUUGUAAUAAAGAUUUACCAAGUCAUUGUCAGUCUAAGUCACAAAAAUAUCCGGUUUAACAUAAAGCUGUCUGUGCAAAGAAUAGGUGAUAGACUGCUAUUUUAACCAGGCUGAAAAGAAAACCAGAUGCAAGUGUCCCCUUUCAUGGGGAUUUGACUGUUCUUUUUUAUUGUUUUAAUUCUUAUUUUCUAAUGGCUUCAGAAUUUGGUUAGUAAAAAAGCAGCAAGCUGGUCAUAAGGCAGCCACCAUUAGGUUUUUCAGCAAAUGCAUUAUUUAACAUUAGUGACCUCUCCUUUCUAGAGUACCGCUGUGUUACCUGGACAUUCUCAAUAAGAGAUACAAUGAAUACAUUGUUCUUCUAAACAGAAUUCAUUUCAAUCCUGCCCUUUAUGCUUCCAAAUCUCAAGGGGAAAGGGGCAGCCUUUGACUCUCUCGAACAAUUAGAAAUGCUAAUGCCCAAACAUUUUUUUUAGCUGUUUCUUAAACAAUGGAAACAAUAAUUUAAAGUUGAAAUAUUUUCUUCACAUUAGUUGGAAUAGCCGAAUGUCUGAAAAUACCCAAGGAGUGAACGGGCUGUUACACACUCACUCAGAUGCCUCCUGUCAUUGUGACCUCAAUUGACUCUGCUUACAAACUGUGUGAUUGGUUAGUCUUGUCAGUGCAGGGUGAGGAGGGUAGGAAGGGUGCCUCAAGGGCAGUGCUGUGAGGCCACAAAAGGAUGCAGGCAGGCAUGCUUCUGCAGUCUAAGGGCUGCAUCAUAUAUCCAGACAUUUACUGUAUCACUAUAUAAUCUUAAAUUUUAAAGCAUAUUUAUAUACAUAUACACAUACACAUAUAUAUUUUUUCUAAUAUAUAAGAUACCCAAUGGGAGGUAACUAGUCUAGCUCCAAAGGAGAAGCCAAAUGUAUUAAAUUGGACUAGAAACUAUUUGUAGGAAGAAAAAAAAAAAAACAAAACCAACAACAACAAACCUCCAUGUUAGUAGUAGUUUCUAUGGUAACAAGAAGAAAAUACAUUCUUUUAAAUCCGAGAAACGAGAAGAAGUGGGAUGACCUUUCCAGGAAAAAAAUAUGUAGUGUUUGUUUAGCGUUCCUCCCCCCUCCUUCCCCUGCUUGCCAGUUUCCCUUGAGUAAAUUGCCUGAGAAAGUAUGAAGCUAACUUAAUGUGUGAGCCCAGGGCUGCUAGUGUUUCCCUCAUCCAGGAGAGGAGCACAGCUAGGCUGAAAGUGGAUCUGGGAUGUAGGAAAGGGUUGGGUCUAAAUUGUGGUCAAGGGCAGGAGUAUUUGCUUCUUGUUCCUGAAGGAGGCCUAUGAUUCACUAGGAACUGAUCCGUAAUCUGGGCUUCUGUCUGAGGCUGAUAUAGUUCUGGGUUGAGGGUCAGAUUGAUCUUUAAAUCAAAUCGGCAGAUACAGGCUAGGAGCCUGUGUCCCAUGUGUGUCCGCUAGAGCAGGGUUGUUCACAUAAACAGACACACACACACACACACAGAGAGAGACAUGCACACUCACAUACACACUCUCUCCUAUAUAGAGGACACUUUUCAAAAGGCAGAACCAAUUACAUGGAAAUAUUUUACUGUCUUUGCUUAUAUUCCAUAUACCACCACAUUUUUUUGUAUACAUUAAACUUUUAGCCCAUUUUCAUUUCAAAUGCAUGAGGUGAGUUAAUGAAAAGGUUUUUCUUUUAUCCCAUUUAAUAACUUAGACAUAACUUGACUGAUGCUUCCUCUGGCUAAAAUCCAUUUCUAUGAGAAGGAUUUGAUUCUUUCCUGAAGAGCAGUAGGCAUUCAUUAACAAAUCAAUUGAUAAGCUACCAAGCACUCCCUUCUAGGGAUUUACCAAAUUAUGCCAUCAUACAAGAGAUGGCUUGAGAAUUAUUUAAGCAGCCAGUUAAUCUGAAGGAAUGACUUUCACUCCUGAAACUGUAUCCUCUAGCAGGCACUUCCUUCACUUCCUAGGGAUUUAGCAGAUUUGGAAGAUGACUGGACACAAGGAGAAGGGCAAUAAAGUAGAAAGGGGAAAUCGCAAAGAAGUAAGAGCUCAGCCUAGGAAAAGUAGCACACUGACUAGAAAACACAGGAAAAGUCCAGAAUGAAGGAGAAUCAAACUGCAUCUUGCUCUCAUUCUGGGUUACAGAAGGUGUUUCAGGGCUCAUGAAGCAAGACAAGGAAGUUGUCUUAAGAUCCCAUAGGAAAUUAACUAGAGAAAAAGGCAACUGUGGAGAGCUUCUUUUCCAUUAGACUUGUGGGUGCUGGAAAGUAGAGAGUGGAGGGUUCAGUUUGGAGCAUCCAAGCAUCCAAACCCCAGGGCUAGCGAACUCUAGGCAGGUUUGGGCUGUAAGUCUUGGUGUGUAGACUCUCCAGAGUUGAGUCUCCAUUCUACAUGCGUUCCAGCAUCCAUUGAACAUUCUCAACACAAAGCCAGCAAUUUCAAAACUACUUCUGGUGUUAAACACGUUUCCCAUUAAAUAAGUCCUAUGGCUAAUGAAAGCAAUUGAUAACCAAAGAAAAAGCUUUCUGUAGCCUCAAUAAGUUAUCCUGGAACUGAAAAGUGUCUGCUGUCUGCACUGAGGAGACAUCUGAGACUCUAAAUGGAAGCUUAUUGCAGACAAUGAUGAAGAAAACCCACAGUCAUUAGCUUUGGAGUUUUAUCCUCAAUUCACUGUUUAAUGAUAAUCGUAUGUAUCAAGUAGAGAAGCUAUGUAGCCAUUUUGCUCAAUAUGCAGUUUAAUAUGUUCUCUCAUUUGAUAGCCUUUUCUCUCCUCCCUCACUUGCUCUCCCUUCCUCCCUCUCUGAAACACCAUGGCUCACAGUACUUAAGUAAUAGUGAAUAUGUUUAAGGGCACAUAAGUUCCUACCUAAGAAGAGGUACAGGCAAAAACAUAGACAAGAUAAAGAGAAAUGCUUAGAAUUAUGUCACAGGAGGGGAGGAAUCUGGGUAAUGCUUGCCAGACAUUCUAGGACAUGAAGUCAUCACGAUGUGAGGGAACAGGAGUUCUGGUUUUGUUUUUAAUUCUGUAAGUUAGUCUUUUGAGGGCUAUAAUGGAAUGGGGUGGGAGUUUAUUAAGUCCUGUGCCAGCACUUCUCUCAUAAAGUUUUAAAUUCUGGAUCAAUAGUGUUUGUUUCCUGAUUAUUGUAUCCAAUACUUUGCCUAAUAUGUAACUCACUCUUACUGAUAAUAAAAUAAACAUUAGCCUGUAA